UUCUCAACACUCCUUCCGCAUCUGCCUCUCUCUAGAAACCCUAAUUUCUAUCGUUUAACAGAACCAGCAACCAUGGCAGAGCGCCCCCCCGCAGAACGUGGUUCCUUCGGCCGUGGUUUCGGUGGCCGUGGUGGACGUGGAGACCGUGGUGGCCGAGGCCGCCGCCGCGGUGGACGCAAAGAGGAAGAAGAAAAAUGGGUACCCGUCACCAAACUAGGCCGCCUUGUGAAAGACGGAAAAAUAUCCUCCGUCGAACAAAUCUACCUUCACUCCCUACCCAUCAAGGAGUAUCAAAUCAUUGACACUCUCAUUGGCCCUGCUUUGAAAGAUGAGGUGAUGAAAAUCACCCCAGUUCAGAAACAAACCAGAGCCGGUCAGCGAACCCGGUUCAAGGCCUUUGUUGUUGUUGGCGAUUGCAAUGGACAUGUUGGGUUGGGUGUGAAGUGUGCUAAAGAGGUGGCUACUGCCAUUCGCGGGGCUAUUAUUUUGGCUAAACUGUCGAUUAUUCCUGUGAGAAGAGGGUACUGGGGAAACAAGAUCGGAAAGCCACAUACUGUGCCUUGUAAGGUUACAGGGAAGUGUGGAAGUGUAACUGUGAGAAUGGUUCCUGCCCCUCGUGGAGCUGGGAUCGUUGCUGCUAGGGUUCCAAAGAAGGUGCUUCAGUUUGCUGGGAUUGAUGAUGUUUUCACAUCAUCCAGAGGAUCUACCAAGACUCUUGGGAACUUCGUCAAGGCAACGUUUGACUGCUUGCUGAAGACUUAUGGGUUCCUUACACCUGACUUUUGGAAGGAGACCCGCUUCAUAAGAUCUCCAUUCCAAGAGUACACAGAUCUCUUGGCAAAGCCUACUAGCAAGGUUCUCAUCACUGAGGUUCAAGAAUGAUUCUGGUUUUGCUUGGGAUUCCAUUGAGGGUAUUACGAGACAAUGUUUUUCUUUGGUAUAGUCUGUAGUUAAAAAAUGUUUGUCGUAUUUCCUUGAGGAUAGCCAUGUUUGUUUUGGAUUCCUUUCCAAGUUUUGGUUUGGAUUUUUAAAUGCUAUUUUGAAUGGAUUUGCAAUAUCAUUCAUGUUUUAA